UUUUUCACUUACCAAACUUUUUCUUCUCAGUAUGUGAUUAAUAGUUUUUUCAGUUUCCAAAGUUGUAUAGAAACUACAUAAAUACACGUUGAAGGAAAGCAUCCAUUACAAUUUACAAGUUGAGAAAGUUGAUUGGUAAUUGCUUAGUAUCCUGUGAUCUGCUAUUUCUGUACAAUGGCAGCUGGCAUGGCAAGUGAAUCAGUUGAACAAGGUGAUAAAGUUACCUUGAGAGUCAUUGUGGACAAAGGAAGGAACCAAGUUGUGUAUGCUGAGGCUGGCAAGGAUUUUGUUGAUGUUCUUUUCAGCUUCUUAACAUUGCCUUUAGGUACUAUUGCAAGACUCGUUGCUAAAGAAUCAAAUAUUGAAGCAGUGAGAUUUGGCAGCAUAAGCUCAAUUUAUGAAAGUGUAUCAGACCUUGAUCAACAACAUCUAUGGUCACAUAAUUGCAAGGAAAUGUUACUCAAUCCAAGGAACUCAAUGGAAGAUCAUUACAAGCACCUCAAACUGAACAUUGAUGACACACCCUUACAGUUGUUCAUGUGUGAGGAUAAGUCUUGUAGGAGUUGUGUGAGUAUUUUUAGUAACCAGAAGUGCCACUGUGGAAAGCUUUUGAAAACAGAUGUUCAUUUGAUUUAUCAAAAAGGCUUUGUUAAGGAAAGUGCUACUUUUAUAAUACAGGAUGAUCUUAAUGUGAUGCCUAAUGAUCUAGGAACAAGUCUUUGUUUGCUUCAGAAGCGAGGAAUCAACAACAUUGCAGAUAUUGAGAAAAAAAUGAUACUUGUCGGCAAGAAGGAGGUAGCAGAUCUUCUCAAGUUGUCCUUGCUUUCAAAGACCCCUCUGUCAGACUUUGUAUUGAAGAGGAAACCAAUCCUUUGUAAUUUGAAUCAAAAUUUCGAGCCCAAGAUUAAGAUCGAAAAUGGCUUACCAUCGUCAGAUUCUGAUGAGGGUAAGCAGAUGGUUGUGAAAGUAAUAAGAAGAACAUCAAAUGGAAAGAUUUUGUUUGCUACCGCAGAGGAAGAUUUUGCAGACAUUCUUUUUAGUUUUCUCACCUUUCCUUUGGGGGCAGUGUUGCAAAUGCUAGAAGGAUUCUCUUCUAUAAGCUGCAUGGAUUGUUUAUAUAGGAGCAUUAAAGAGUUGAGUCCAGAUAGAUGUUUAAGGUCACAGGAACUCAAAGACAAACUAAUUAAGCCUGAUAUUUUUCCAAAUUUUGAACUUAGAAGGCAAAUAUUAGCAAUUGAAACAUUUGAACUCACUUGGAAUAGCCAACGAUUGGAUUUUAUUGAUCCAAAAUCCCCUAUUUCCGGGGGAUAUGCCAAAGGUCCAUUAACUAUUAUGGUGACAGACGACUUGAUUGUGACUCCAAUGUCAUCCAUUGAUGCUAUUUCAUAUCUAGAAAGAAUGAAUGUCCCCCUUAAUGAUAUAGAGGAAAUUGUUCUUAAUAUUGGCAAGAAUGAGGGUCUCAGCAUUCUAAAAGCUUCAUUGACCUCAACAUCUGUUUUGACGAACAGCCUUAACCAGUACAUAGGCUAGUUUGUCAUCUGAUGCUGUUUCGACUGAUAUCCUGAAAAGCCAAAGAAAGAAAAUGAAGCUUGAGCCAACUGAUCAUUAGGAGUGGUGUAGAUCGAGCAACCAUGUUAUAUUUUUUGUGUUUGAAAUUAUGUGGUUAUGUUUAAGUAAUUUGGAUGCUCAUACAGUAUUACAUUGUUGCUCUUUUCUCAAUUUAAAUUGUUUGUGGUGCUUGAUU